GAUCCGGUCCUCUUCUCCGGCACCAUUCGCUCCAACCUCGACCCGUUCGGGGUGUACAGCGACGAGGCGCUGUGGAAGGCGCUGGAGCACUGCCACCUGAAGGCGUACGUCGCCUCGAUGGACGCCGGCCUCGAUUAUGUGGUGGCGGAGAAUGGUGAGAAUCUGUCGGUGGGCCAGCGGGCGCUCAUUUGCCUCGGUCGGGCGCUGCUGCGGAAGACGAAGAUUCUGGUGCUGGACGAGGCGACGGCGGCGAUCGACUACGAGACUGAUGCGCUCAUUCAGGCGACCAUUCGCAGCGAGUUUGCCGACUGCACGGUGCUCACCAUUGCCCACAGGUUGAAUACGAUUCUCGAUGCGGACAAGAUUCUGGUGCUGGAUCAGGGCCGAGUGGCGGAGUUUGACAGUCCGAGUGCGCUGCUCGCCGACCGCCGGUCAAAGUUUUACUCGCUGGCCAAGGACGCUCGUCUCGUCUGA